GAGUUCGGGGUCGCGCCGCUCCGAGCGGGCGCGGGUGCCCGCUGCCGCACUUGGCACAGUUUCGGCGCGCCUUCAGCGCGGGAGUUGGGGGCGCGGUGCGCCUGGCCGGCCUCCCCGGUGCCCUCGUGAGGCGUGAGUUAUGGAGCCGCCUAGCUGCAUUCAGGAUGAGCCGUUCCCGCACCCCCUGGAGCCCGAGCCGGGCGCUGGGAAGCCGGGCGACAAGCGGUUCCGGCUGUGGUACGUGGGGGGGUCGUGCCUGGACCGCAGGACCACGCUGCCCAUGCUGCCCUGGCUUAUGGCUGAGAUCCGCCGGCGCAGCCAGAAGCCCGAGGCGGGAGGCUGCGGGGCGCAGGCGGCCCGCGAGGUGAUCCUGGUGCUCAGCGCGCCCUUCCUGCGCUGCGUCCCCGCGCCGGGCGCUGGGGCCUCGGGGGGCACCAGCCCCGCGGCCGCGCAGCCCAACCCGGCAGUGUUCAUCUUCGAGCACAAGGCGCAGCACAUCUCGCGCUUCAUCCACAACAGCCACGACCUCACCUACUUUGCCUACCUGAUCAAGGCGCAGCCAGACGACCCCGAGUCGCAGAUGGCCUGCCACGUUUUCCGCGCCACAGACCCCAACCAGGUUCCUGAUGUUAUCAGCAGCAUAAGGCAGGUAUCUAAAGCGGCCAUGAAAGAGGAUGCCAAACCUAGCAAAGACAAUGAGGACGCCUUUUACAACUCUCAGAAGUUCGAAGUCUUGUACUGCGGAAAGGUGACAGUGAUCCACAAGAAGGCCCCGUCCAGCCUCAUCGAUGACUGCAUCGAAAAGUUCAGCCUGCACGAACAGCAGCGCCUGAAGAUCCAGGGUGAGCAGCGCAGCGCGGACCCCAGCGAGGACCUGGCCGUCUUGGAGGCGUCGGCGCCUGGGUCCCCCGGAGAGUGCCUGCCCGAGGAGGUGGACGGCGCCGCCAGCACCCACCCUGGCUUCCCUGCCGUGGCCAGCCAGCCUGCCCCGUCCAGCUCUCGGGUGUGCUUCCCUGAGCGGAUUUUGGAAGAUUCUGGCUUCGAUGAACAGCAGGAGUUUCGGUCCCGGUGCAGCAGUGUCACCGGAGUGCAAAGGAAAGUUCCCGAGAGUAGCCAAAAACCACAGCCGCGAAGGAGACACGCGAGCGCUCCCAGUCACGUGCAGCCGUCGGACUCGGGGAAGAACAGAACAAUGCUCUUCCAGGUACCAGCCCGCAGGGUGCUGCCCGGGGUUCAGCGGAAAGUGCCAGACAAGCAGCUGGGCGUCUGCCUCCUGCAAGGUAUAAAGCAUGUGGAUCACUUUGGCUUUAUCUGUCGGGAGUCUCCAGAGCCGGGGCUGAGCCAGUAUAUUUGUUAUGUGUUCCAGUGCGCCAGUGAAUCUCUGGUGGAUGAGGUAAUGCUGACUCUGAAACAGGCUUUCAGUACCGCCGCUGCCCUGCAGAGCGCCAAGACCCAGAUCAAGCUGUGUGAGGCCUGCCCUAUGCACUCUUUGCAUAAGCUCUGUGAAAGGAUUGAAGGUCUCUACCCACCGAGAGCUAAGCUGGUAAUACAGAGGCAUCUCUCAUCCCUGACAGAUAAUGAGCAAGCUGACAUCUUUGAGAGAGUUCAGAAAUUGAAGCCAGUCAGUGACCAGGAAGAAAAUGAACUUGUGAUUUUACAGCUGAGGCAGCUGUGUGAGGCCAAGCAGAAGACACACGUGCACAUCGGGGAAGGCCCAUUGACUAUUUCAAAUAGUACAGUCCCAGAAAAUGCUACAAGCAGUGGAAGGUUCAAACUGGACAUUCUGAAAAAUAAAGCUAAGAGAUCCUUAACUAGCUCCCUGGAAAAUAUCUUCUCAAGGGGAGCUAACAGAAUGAGAGGUCGGCUUGGAAGUAUGGACAGCUUUGAACGAUCCAACAGUCUUGCUUCAGAGAAGGACUACUCACCGGGGGACUCUCCACCAGGGACACCACCAGCGUCCCCACUGUCUUCAGCUUGGCAAACAUUCCCUGAAGAGGAUUCCGACUCCCCGCAGUUUCGAAGACGGGCACACACGUUCAGCCACCCACCUUCGAGUACAAAGAGAAAGCUGCAUUUACAGGACGGGAGGGCUCACGGCGUGCGCUCCCCCCUGCUGAGGCAGAGCUCCAUCGAACAGUGCAGCAUUCUUCCUUCAGCUCGACGCAUGCACAAGGAGAGUAAUUCUUCCUCCAGUCUUCCAAGUCUUCACACUUCCUCCUCUGCCCCUUCCUUCACUGCCCCCUCUUUCCUGAAAAGCUUUUACCAGAAUUCAGGUAGACUCUCCCCACAAUAUGAAAAUGAAAUCAGACAGGACACUACUUCAGAAUCAAGUGAUGGAGAAGGGAGAAAAAGGACAUCAUCUACCUGCAGCAAUGAGUCCUUAAACGCUGGAGGAAACUCUGUCACUCCUCGCCGAAUCUCCUGGCGACAGCGCAUUUUCCUCAGGGUUGCAUCUCCCAUGAACAAAUCUCCCUCCGCAAUGCAGCAGCAAGAUGGACUGGACAGGAAUGAGCUGCUGCCACUGUCCCCUCUUGCUCCAACCAUGGAGGAGGAACCGCUGGUUAUAUUCCUGGCUGGUGACGAUGACCCAGAAAAGAUGGAAGAAAAAAAGAAAUCAAAGGAACUGAGGAGUUUGUGGAGAAAAGCUAUCCACCAACAAAUCUUGUUGCUUCGAAUGGAAAAAGAAAACCAGAAACUUGAAGGAGUUCCCAAAAGUCGUCGAGGAGAAAUCUGGCAAUUCCUAGCUUUGCAGUACCGCCUAAGACACCGAUUGCCUAAUAAACAGCAGCCGCCUGACAUAUCCUAUAAAGAACUUUUGAAGCAGCUCACUGCUCAGCAGCAUGCUAUUCUUGUGGACUUAGGAAGGACAUUUCCUACUCACCCUUACUUUUCAGUUCAGCUUGGGGCAGGGCAGCUGUCACUCUUUAAUCUCCUGAAAGCCUAUUCUCUGCUGGACAAAGAAGUGGGUUACUGCCAGGGGAUCAGCUUUGUGGCUGGAGUCCUGCUUCUGCACAUGAGUGAAGAGCAAGCCUUUGAAAUGCUGAAAUUCCUCAUGUAUGACCUCGGCUUCCGCAAGCAGUAUAGACCUGACAUGAUGUCGCUGCAGAUUCAGAUGUACCAGCUGUCCAGGCUCCUUCAUGACUAUCACAGAGAUCUCUACAAUCAUCUUGAAGAAAAUGAAAUCAGCCCCAGUCUCUAUGCUGCCCCUUGGUUCCUCACAUUGUUUGCCUCUCAGUUUUCACUAGGAUUCGUAGCCAGAGUUUUUGAUAUUAUUUUUCUUCAGGGAACUGAAGUUAUCUUUAAGGUUGCACUCAGCCUACUGAGCAGCCAAGAGGCCCUUAUAAUGGAAUGUGAAAACUUUGAGAAUAUCGUCGAAUUUCUUAAAAGCACGCUACCUGAUAUGAAUACCUCUGAAAUGGAAAAAAUUAUUACCCAGGUUUUUGAGAUGGAUAUUUCUAAGCAGUUACAUGCCUAUGAGGUGGAAUAUCACGUGCUGCAGGAUGAGCUGCAGGAAUCAUCCUAUGUCUGUGAGGAUAGUGAGCCCAUAGAAAAGCUGGAGAGGGCCAAUAGCCAACUGAAAAGACAAAACAUGGACCUCCUAGAAAAAUUACAGGUGGCUCAUGCUAAAAUCCAGGCCUUGGAAUCAAACCUGGAAAACCUUUUGACCAGAGAGACCAAAAUGAAGUCUUUAAUCCGGACUCUAGAACAAGAAAAAAUGGCUUAUCAAAAGACCGUGGAGCAAAUCCGGAAGCUGCUGCCAGCCGAUGCUCUAGCCAAUUGUGAAGUGCUCCUGAGAGACCUAAACUGCAACCCUAACAACAAAGCCAAGUCAGGAAAUAAGCCAUAAUUUAAGAGGUGCGGUCUCCGCAGAAAGUGCUCCUUAGAAUACCACAGAAAGGAAGAGCUGCAUGCUGCCGGCCCAGAGCUGGACCCUGACGCUAAUGGAACCACCCCCUACUGGUGCUGAGCCCCUAGUCACAGCAGGUGGACCCCACUGUCAUCAGAGCAUGCCAGUCCUAAGCCAUUGUACAUAUGUAGACUGGUUUUUGUUGUUGUUGCCAUGUACAUAUAUAUAAAAUGAACGCAGAGAGUUCAUGCUUUCAGAGCAAAAUGGGUAGAUGUAUAUUUAGAGCAAUUUUUUUAGUCAAAACUUCAUGAAAUCCACACCAAAGGGAAGUUAAAGUGGAAUUCCCCUUCGACACAUGUGAAAUCUUUUUGUCUUUAGAGUGAAACAAAGCUAGAGCAUCUUUGUAUAUUGACAUAUACUUGAAAAAAAUGAAUGUAUUUUUUUCUCCAAAGAACGGCAUGUUUCACUUAAUGGUGGAAAGGUGGAAACAUUUAUGUAACUUUAUGUGUAUCUGUCUUAAAAUCUACUAACAUUGUCUAUAUGAGUAAAAUGACUGAUUGCUAGUAAUGCUCCUAUGGGUUUUUCAUGGAGGUAGGGGCCUCUCUCCCUGCCUGCUUUGUGCCAACUAGCAUGUUGCAUCUACAUGCAUUUUGAGUCUGAUUAGGCGUCACUUUGGACAUGCGUAAGGAGAGAGCAGGGCAUUGUGGCUGAGCCUGCCCAGCUCAAGGUAAAGGAGAAUGUUGCUAAUUUUCUAGCAAAUUAGACCAGCAUUGUUACUCAAACUAAAAAUAUCAUGCCUGAAAAUUUUAAUUUAGGACCUAAAUUGUCUAGAUUAGCUUUCUAUGUUUUUAUUUAAAUGACUCCUACAGUUGUCAGCAGACUCCCCUUUACUUGGUGCCAUAGUCAUGA